GAUAGGAUAAGAUUAGAUUAAAUUAAGAUAUAAACAUGCCUGACAUUGACGGAAGACUAGUUACUAGUACAACGAUUAUAACUAUCUCGGAGAAAAAGCUACGGUGUUCUCCUCCUCGUCGUUAAUCUCUCUCCGACCACCUGGAAAAAGGAAAAGAAAAAAAAACCGCAAAAACACAGGGAGCUCUCGUUCCCCUAAAUUCAAAACCCUAAAACUUCGAUCUCAAUCAAUUUUCGCAAUUGAUCGCCAAAAGAGAAGACACAAAAAGGGAAUGGACACCCACUCCUCUCACGGCGCUGGGCCCCUCCGUUCCCGGAGCUCGCAGUCCCCUUCUCCCUCUCACUCGGCCUCCGCCUCCGCCACCUCUUCCAUCCACAAGCGCAAGCUCGCGUCUGAAGACCACGCGCCACCCUUUCCCCCUUCCUCCUUCUCCGCCGAGACCCGCGACGGCGCUCUCACUUCCAACGACGACCUCGAGAGCAUCUCCGCCCGCGGCGCAGACUCAGAUUCCGACGCUGACGACUCCGAGGACGCAGUCGUCGACGACGACGAGGACGACUACGACAAUGACUCCUCCAUGCGCAACUUCACCGCCUCCAGGCUCGACGGAAGUGCUGGCGCCGGUGGAGCCUCUGCACCGCGCAACACCAAGCUCAAGACCGAAAACUCAGUCACCGUGAAGAUUGAGAGCUCCGACGGUGUCAACAAGGACGCUGGCGUAGCUGGAAAUUCCGCCGCCGUGGGCACAGUUGCCACCGCCGGAUCCGUCCCCGGUAUCGUGGUGAAGGAAGAUGUUAGCAAGAUAUUUACGGAUAAUUUGCAGACGAGUGGAGCUUACAGUGCGAGAGAAGAGAGUCUGAAGAAAGAGGAGGAAGCGGGAAGGCUCAAAUUUGUGUGCUACUCAAAUGACGGUGUUGAUGAGCAUAUGGUUUGGUACUGCUUCUCAGACAUUUUUCUGCGUUGUUCUUAUAUGUUAAUAGGAUUGAAGAAUAUAUUUGCUAGGCAACUUCCCAAUAUGCCAAAGGAGUACAUUGUCCGACUUGUUAUGGAUAGGAGCCAUAAGUCUGUAAUGGUUAUAAGGCGGAAUCAUGUUGUUGGAGGCAUUACAUAUCGGCCAUAUGUAAGCCAGAAGUUUGGUGAGAUAGCCUUUUGUGCAAUUACAGCUGAUGAGCAAGUAAAAGGUUAUGGUACUAGAUUGAUGAAUCACUUAAAACAGCAUGCACGUGAUGUAGAUGGGCUGACACAUUUUUUAACUUAUGCUGACAACAAUGCUGUUGGAUAUUUUAUCAAACAGGGAUUUACGAAGGAGAUUCACUUGGAGAAAGAUAGAUGGCAAGGGUAUAUAAAAGACUAUGAUGGAGGAAUUCUCAUGGAAUGCAAGAUUGAUCCAAAGCUCCCUUAUAUCGAUCUAUCAACAAUGAUUCGUCGUCAACGACAGGCUAUUGAUGAAAAGAUCAGAGAGUUGUCAAAUUGUCACAUUGUUUAUGCUGGCAUUGAUUUUCAGAAGAAAGAAGCUGGAAUUCCUAAAAAAAUUGUCAAAGUUGAGGACAUCCCUGGAUUGAGAGAGGCUGGUUGGACCCCUGAUCAGUGGGGUCAUUCAAGAUUCAGACUAAGCAACGCUACAGACAAUGCUACAAAUAUGAAGCAUUUGACAGCGUAUAUGCGUUCCCUUCUGAAGUCAAUGCAUGAUCAUACUGAUGCUUGGCCAUUCAAGGAACCAGUUGAUGCACGAGACGUUCCUGAUUAUUAUGACAUAAUUAAAGAUCCAAUAGAUCUGAAGACAAUGACUAAGAGGGUGGAAUCAGAACAAUAUUAUGUGACAUUUGAGAUGUUUGUUGCUGAUGUGAAGAGAAUGUUUCAGAAUGCACGCACAUAUAACUCUCCUGAAACCAUAUAUUACAAAUGUGCUACAAGGUUAGAAUUACAUUUUCAGAGUAAAGUGACAUCGGGUGUCCAAUCUGGUACCAAAAUUCAGUAGGGAUGCAGUAUGCACAUACAAAAAUUGGAUAAAAACAUAUCCCUUAUUCUAUGAUGUAAUCAUGUUUAUUUUCACAAGAGUAAUUCUCCAUAUCCAAGCAAUUUUAUAUCCAAGUUCAUCCAAUCAGUGAUUUGAGUUACGCGUUUCUUUUUCCCGUUUUCUUCUCCUUCUGCGCUUCUUCUUCUUCUUCUCUUCCUCCUCCUUUUUUUAUUAUUUUUCAAUUUCGUUACCGUCAUCACCAACACCACCUCUUCUUCUUCCUCUUUCUUCUCCUAUUGGAAUUUGUCUCCUUUUUCAUCCUUCUCCUCUAUCAUCAUCAUCAUCAUUAUAAUCAUCGUCAUCGUCAUUGUUUUCUUCUAAUACGUAUCAUCGUUAUCGUUAUCAUCGAAUUUGAAUUUAUAUAAUCGACAAUUUUCGGUUCAUUUGAUAUUAUACAAUGGUUUCGUUUUGAGCUAAUUUUUGGUUCAUUCGAGAUGUAAGGGUUUUUGAAUUCGAACUUAUAUAAUGGACCAUUUUUGGUUCAUUUGGGAUUAUAUAAUAGUUUCGUUUUGAUAAUAAUUUCGGUUCAUUCGAUCACCACAGAAAAAUUAGAAUCAAUAAAAAUGUUAAAAAAUAUUAGUGGUGUUGGUGAUGACGAUAAUGAUGAUGGAGGAGGAAGAAGAAAAGAAAGGAGGAGAUUAAAGAAAUUCAAAUAAAAAGGAAAUAGGAUGAGGAGGAGAUGGAUGUGGUAGUAUGGUGGUGGUGACGAUGACGAUAAUGAAAAAAAGAUGAAGAAAAAAGAGAAGGAGAAGAAGAAGCAGGAGGAGGAGGAAGAAGAUGAAGAGGAGGAGAAAGAAGAAGAAGACAAAAUCCUCCGAAUUGGAUGAACUUAGAUGUAAAAUUGCUUAGAUGUGUAGUGAAAUUUUUUUCAUAAUUAAUCAUCCAUGUGAAUAGUAGUUGUGAGUGUGACUUUU